GUUAAGAAAACCUCAAACCGUCUCCCCGUGUUGAACUCCGCGUUCUUCAUAGCAGGCAAAACUCAAAGGCGAGGGGAAGAGAGAGAGAGAAUCUGAGCGCCAUUUUUUUCCGACGAUUUAUACCUGAUUAACUCGUCAUUCAAUCCAAGUCUUUGCCAUUUCAAAAAAAGCCUCUGUGUGAUUUAAUCUCAAACUUAGCUUCUAUUACUAUUUUAUUUUUGGAAUUCUUGAUCUCGGCUCUAGAUCGAGUUUUGAUCCUCUAUUAGAUGUUGAAAAUCGCUGGUCGAUAGAUUUUCGAAUUCAAAUUAGGUAUUUGAACGAAGCUGAAAAAAGGAUUUCCGUGUGUUCAAUGAUGCCGAGCUUAACCGUCGGGUUAUGAAGUACUAUGGAAGUUGUUGUUACACGAAUAGAAGAAGAAAAUGACGCUUUACAUUGGUCGCGAAGCUUCGAAGCUAUGGAAGAGAAUUUGUGCAGAGACAACCACAGAAAUAAACCUUCUUAUCGAGAACUGGAAGUACUUGCUCGCUGGACUAGUUUUUCAGUACAUACAUGGUCUUGCUGCACGAGGGGUUCAUUAUCUUCAUCGUCCAGGACCUACUUUACAGGAUCUUGGGUUCAUUCUUCUCCCUGAGCUUGGGCAAGAUAAAGCCUACAUCAGUGAGACUCUAUUCACAUUCAUCUUUUUGUCGUUUGUCUUGUGGAGCUUCCAUCCAUUCAUCUUAAAGAGCAAAAAGAUCUACACAGUCCUAGUAUGGUGCAGGGUUCUAGCAUAUUUAGUUGUUUCUCAAAUUCUUCGGAUUAUAACAUUCUAUUCCACCCAACUUCCAGGUCCAAACUAUCAUUGUCGUGAGGGAUCUAAACUUGCCAGGUUGCCACGUCCUCAAAGUGUACUCGAAGUCCUAUUAAUUAAUUUUCCGCGGGGCGUAAUUUAUGGCUGUGGUGAUUUGAUCUUUUCAUCACACAUGAUCUUUACUUUAGUCUUUGUACUCACUUAUCAGAGACAUGGCACUCGAAGGUUUAUAAAGCAGUUUGCAUGGUUGCUUGCAAUUGUUCAGAGUUUCUUGAUUGUAGCAUCCCGCAAACAUUACACAGUUGAUGUUGUUGUUGCGUGGUACACUGUUAAUUUAGUGGUGUUCUUUAUUGACAAGAAGUUGCCUGAACUGCCUGAUCGUACUAGUGGAAUUUUACCUUCAUUACUGCCCGUGAGCACCAAAGAAAAGGAUGGUAGGAUGAAAGAGGAAAAUCACAAGCUCUUGAAUGGGAACUCAGAUCCCUCAGAUUGGAGGCCGAGAACACAAGUCAACGGCAAGAUUCUGGAAGAUGGCAAUGGAGUCCAUGUUGAUAAUGCAAUGAAUGGUGCUUAAAUGAUGGAAGCUGCCGAAGUAACUACAGUAGCAGCUGCCGCAAAGACCAGUAAUUGAAUUCUUGUAAUCAUGAUUAUCAGCUCCUUUGUCUGUGACUGGUAAAAAAAAAAAAAAAAAAAAUUGUAUUUUAGAGAAAAUGGAGAUUGAUUAAUAGGUUUGUAUAUUUUGGUUAACAAUCAGCAUGGUCCAACAUCAGCAUCAGCAUGUAUCUCAUCAAGGAAUCAUUAGAUUUUUAUUGCUCCAUUGUUCUCCAUGUCGAUAGUUUCCUCCUGUAGUGUUGCUGUUGCCGUUGAAACUGUCCUUGCUAUUUAAUUUGUAAGGUUAAUUUAAUCAUCUUGCAAAGCCAAAGGCUAUUGGAAAUGAGAAUGAUGCCUACUAGCA